GCUCGUUGACAACAAAAAUGGCGUCUUGGUCAACGUUUGUUUUGCAGCAGUGAAAAACGCAAAUUUUCUUAGUUUUUCUUUCUGAGGACUUAUUUCCUUAAAGGAAUCAAGUGAGAAAAAGCCAUCAUGGCUACUAUGAUAAACGGACAAUUGAUUUUGGAAGAAGAAUAUGACGAGAACUACCAGCCUACGGAACAGGGUAAGAUAUUUGAAAAAAAAAAUGUUCAACGUAGGAUUAAAUUACACAAUGAACAAAAGCGGUGUAUUAAUACUAGUUUUUCACGAAUAUAUCAUUUUUUGUGUUCAAUGGACUGUUGACGGACCAGUAAGCUUACAUAUUUAUUUGGAGGUCAAAUCACUAAUUAGUGCUGUGAUCUGUAUAAAUCAGCUGAUCUUUUAAUAGCAAUCGCGUUUGUUUUUUGUAUGAGGCUUCUGUUGGAAUGAGUUUUUUUAUGCUGUAAUUAUUUCGAUGUGUUUGCACGAAGUAUUUUUUUACAGUUUUUGGCUGAAUUUUUAACUGCAUUCUUAUUCAAGGACAUAUCAAAAAUAGGAGGUCAAGUCAGUAAUUUGCUGGCCAAGUACACUGUAGCCCUCAUGCAUAUCUUACAGUCAAACCAGGUCAAGCGUUCCCGUCGCUAACGAACUAAUGAAUUCAUUCACGGAAAAAUGAUUUCGUUUGUUGAUUCAAUAAUCCAUUCAUAAAAUGAACAAUCCAAUAUUCAUAUUUAGCCUCGAUUCCAUAAUCGAAUGUUGAUUCGAUUACUGUUUUUUGAAAAACUACACUUUCCACAAGUUGACCUCAGAAUUUUGUUUUUUCCUCUUUUUUUUCUGAGAGUCGAGUGCCGGCGAGUUCUGAAGUUCAAACCCAAACAAACUGUUACAUGUACGCCAUUUUGCUGCCAGUAAUCAGUGCAACAGACCCAGGCCUGACCUCUUAGAAAACACAACGGUCAAACUAAGGUCCGUGUAUGUGCGGUGAUUGGUGGAUUUCGAUCCUCGGCCUUUGUCAGUUUCUCAUAGUUUCUUUGCGUUUGCGGUCUGUCUAUUCUAGCUGUUAUUUUGAUUAAAGGCAAUGAAAAACGCAAUCGUAAACGGCAGGAAAAAGGAAGCAAAUACGAUUGAACACAACAGACAAGAAUAAAGAACAGGCAGAUUUUGCUCAUAAACCAAAUCAACAUUUGAUUAUUGAAUCGAGGUCCAAUUUGACUGUUGGAUUAUUCAUUUUAUGAAUGGAUUAUUGAAUCAACAAACGAAAUUAUUUUUCCAUUAAUGAAUUCAUUAGUUUGUUAGCGACGGGAACGCUUGACCUGGUUUGACUGUAAUCAUGCGUGAGGGCUAUUAUUAGACCCCUCAGCUAUAUUUUAUUUUGUAUUGUGGAUUGUGGAAAUAGGGUAUGCUGCUUUUUAGUUAUCUACAUCAGUAUCUGUAGACAAAAUUAUUUUUGUGGUUAUCGUUUGUAAUUUGCUCGUAAAUGGAGUCACUUCAUACAUUGCCUGUAAUUUUUAUCGGUAUCCCUUUUUUCUCAUUAAGAGUUUUAAUGAACAGGUAUAUCUAAUAAUAAUAUGUUGUGCCUGUCUGCUUACAGAGGUAUUUGAGUAUGCGCUCUCAAUUGGCAUAGAUCCGCGCAAGGAAAGGGAUCUUCUGUUUAUUGCACGAGAAGGAAUUGUAGCUCCCUUACCUCAAGACUGGAAACCUUGGUGAGUUCCAGUGUUCAAUGUACCAAGAAAAAGGUCCUUAACUUUACAACAACUAGAAGGGGUUAACUGUAAAUAUUUUUGGUAUACCAUAUUGAAAGAUUUAUUCUUUGUAGUAUGUUAGAUAGGCAGGGUGCUAAGAAAGUCAGUUUUACAGCUUGUCCUUUGGGCAAGCUGUCGUUAGCAUGUACAGUAUACCAGCCCAUAAGUCAUUUUAACUAGCCCGGAAAAAAAAAAUUUGAUGAGCAGGUUUGAUAAUAGUUCUCCUGUAAUUUGAAUACCCCCAAAAAACUUCAUUUGCCUGUAAGUUCCGUAAGAACAGAAUUCUCUAGCCUGAUAUCAAAAUCCACUGGCCCUGAGGUAUUGGACACAACUUUCUUUGUACGCUGGAUAGGCUUGUAUAAUUUAUUAUAGUAAAACUUGACGUACAUGUGUUUAUUACUUAGCUGAAUAAUUUGCCAGCUUUUGAUUUUCUCUUAAAUGUCUUUUUAGUCAAGAUUCAACUGGAGAGAUUUACUACUUUAACUUCCAAACUGGUGAGAGUGUUUGGGACCAUCCCUGUGAUGAGUAUUACAGAAGCAUGGUUCUUGAGGAAAGACGGAGAAGGAGUGCUGCGGGAACGUUGUCAAAGAAAGAUAAUAAGAAGAAGGAGAAAAAAGAUGGGGCCAAAAAGAACAAGACAAUGGAUGGGCCAUUAAAACAGAAGGUUUGAAAACAGUACAAAUGAAGGGGACUUGGGAUAAAGCCCUAACUGACUUCCGAAAGAUUGCUGAUUGUGAAUUUGUUUCUAAGAAAGUGUGUUAUAUUAGGUCAAAAGUCACUUUGAGCCUUAUUCCUUUCACCCCUUAGAACUGGGAUGUAGCUAAGGAAAAGCUGCGUAGGCUUUUUUAUUAGUCAAGACAGCUUUUUUUUUCACAACUGCUCCUUCAAAAUUCUCCCAUGUCUUUGUUUUACCGGAAAUUUUUAGCCAGUAGUAAGCUCUUUGUCAGCUGGUGAAAUUAGCUGGCAGCUUGCUCUUGGUGACAUCCCUGCGCAUGCCCCUUUCAAAUGCUAGAAUACCGAGAAAUAAAAUUAAAGUGGCCUCAUUUUAUUUCUUGUACAUGUACAGUUUUGUGUAGCAGUGGGAGCAGGAUGAUGUAAUAGUCAGCUUGCAGGGCCUGCAGCCCCACACUGAUCACUCUCUGGAUAUUUAUUAUUUUCUUAGUUAUCCAAAGAUCAAAUCCACAGCCUUACUUAAACUGGUUCACAUGCUGGCAAUAUUUCUUGUGUGUUUUUCACUUUGUGAUAUUGUGGUUGGUCUGGUUUGUUGUUCGUAAAUAUUGUGGAUUUAGACUUGGAGGCUUAGCGUGUUUCCACUUGUAAAAAGCAAAUAAUUUACGUGACGUAUAUAGUAAAAUUACUGUAUGUCCAGGUUCAAAAUUUUCUCUGGUUUCAAAUCUUGCUGUGUUCUUCGACUUUUAAGGGUCAAAAGGAAAUGAAAAAAAUUAAACCACAUCAUCUACUCUGUAAGCUUGUCCAUCAGUGUUUUGUUUAUUUGUCUGUUUGUUUGUUUGUUUAUUUAUUAAUUUUUUUUAAUCUCACUGAAGUAAGUUACAAAAAGUAGUAAACAGAAACUCACCCAAUGUAAGGGAAUCCAAGACAUUAUUGGAUACUGGAUUCUAUGCUGUCAAUUUGGAAUUACAGUUACUAGACUCCAGACUAAUUUUUUGCUCGUGGAAUCCAGAAUUCAGGAAAUUUUUGUUUGUGAAAUCUGGAAUCUUGGGCUUUGGAAUAUGGAAUACAGCUCAAGGAAUCCAGAAUUGGAAUCUGGAAUCCAAAUUCCACUGACAAAGUCCAUUUUGUUUAUUUGUAAUGAAGCCUCUUGGUCCUGGCUUGGCACCUCUGAAAGGCGAAGGCUCCUUAGCUCCUUUGGGACGUUCAUUGGGAACAAGCUCUCCACUGGGAGGGACGUUUAGUGGAGGAUCUCUUGGCACGGGGCCUAUUGGAAGGGGAUCUCUUGGAGGAACAUCAAGUUCUUUGGGGAAGGGUCCUCUUAACGGAAGCUUGGGUACAGGUUCAAUGGGUGGUAUUGGAUCUGGAAGUCGGUUUCCAACUGCAGGAAAAAGUAAAGAUCCCUUUCAAAAUGCUCCUCUUGGUGGUGUCAAAGACUCACCUGAGGUAAGUAAAACGCUUUUGUUGCUCUCUUGUUUCUGUUUAUUAUUAUUUUAAGGGCAUGUUCAAUUGACUGCAGCAUGCAAAGAAAGUAGUGUCCGAUAGCCUGGGGCUAGUGGAUUUUGCUAUCAGGCUAGUGAAUUCUUUUUUUAAUUUGCCCGAUGGGCAAGUGACAUUUUAUGAGGAAUUUGAAUAACAGAAGAACAAAAAGUUUUUGGGGCUAGUUGAAAUGACAUCUGGGCUAGUAAAUGCUAGCUUCAGCUUGCCCGAAUGGCAAGCUGUAAAAAUGAUUUUCUUUGCACCCUGUGACUGUAUUCUGGAAUAAGAAUAGAUGGGAUAAAGUCUAGAAAUCACUUAUUUUGACAUUCAGUGCAUUGCAAUGGAGAGAUUUAGAAUGACAUUUACGGCAAAUGGCAAAUGUCAGAUUCAAGUUGAGAAUUUCUCAAAAUAAAAAAUGUGCAGCAAAGAACAGUCCAAAACAAUAAAUUGUCAAAGAGAAAACUAACUUGAAGCUACUAAUUUUGGGGUAGAAGUAAUGAACAGUGUAAAAACAAAAGCUAAGGAAAAACUUGGUUGUGUGGCUCAAAUUCACAUUUUGCUGUUUGCCGUAAACAUGACUCUAAAUCUCUCUAAUAUCUAGAAAUCUGCUUGAAAUAAAAUUUUCCGCCGUAUGCAGCAUUCAAGUGUCCAAAAAUUAUGGCACAAGAAAUUUGCAACAAAACUUUUCCAUAUCUCAUUCCAGAAUUCAAUCAAUCAAAUGCACAGUAUUAAGUAUACUGUCAGAUUCUUCUUUGAUUUUCUUACAUUUUAUGCAUUUUUGAAAUGCCUAUUAUAAUUCAGUUUUAUGUAGUAAAAAAUUGUUCCCUUUAACUCUGAAAUGUUUUUAAUGUUUUUAAUUUUUGCAUCAUUACCUUGAAGCGAUGGUCAUCUGACAAAGAGAGGUUUGGUGGAGGUCUCAAUGAUGCUACUGGGACAAUUACAUUGAGUACUGGGUUAGGAGACAACAUCAAUUUAAACUUCAUGCCUGAUUUCUCAGAUGAUGAUGAAAAGGGACAUGAGGUAUAUUAAUCAUUAUAGUCAUAUUAAUUUAUUUAUUUGUAAUCUAUAGUCAUGUUUGAAAUUUACUAAUAAUCUACUCAGUCUACUUGUAUCUUGACCUACAUGUAUAUAUGUUUAUACAUUUCUUUGCUUCUUUGAAAUGUAGGACCCAUUCAAUAAUAUGAGCUGAAACUCAAUAAGUUUUUUUGAUCACCAGAUUCCAUUAUUCCGUUUAAAAAAUCAAAUGGUUUACACCAUCCAUUUAAGAAGCUUCAGAAAGUAUGGGCUGUCGUGUAGGGUGAUAAGAUUAUUUUUACUACUCCUCUCAAUUAUUCCAGCUGAUUUGGAUAUAUUUUGAACCUGGCCCUACAGUGUAUGCCCACAAUGUCAAACUUCAUGGUUAAAUGUUUAUGCUCAAGAUUUUCAACCAGGUGGUUUGAGGGGCUGUCGUUAAGAGCCAGGGACUAGGGAUUUCCCCUGGCUACUGUGAGUGUGACUGCUGGAUACUUUCAUAUUAAAAUAGAAGAAAAAUAAAACAAAAAGAAAUCCCUAGCUGUUUGAUUCCCUGCCUACUUGUUGUAUUUACCCAGCAACUUGAAAUCUUAGUGACAUUCCUGGGUUUGUGUAAGAUAAUGGUAAGCACUCCUUUUUACCCUUACAGUUUCUGUUAAUUGUUCCUGUCUCUGAACAUUAACCUGUUUUUUUUUUGUCAGAGUGACUUUGGAAGGCCAACCAUUGAUUUGGGUAUGCAUGAUAUUGGAAACCUUGGUUAUGAGGUGAGUUGCACUUCUGAUUUUCAAGGUAGUGAUAGUGUGACUACUCAAACCGGGGCACUCGAAAGAAGAUUGUCCAAUCACAAUCAUUUCUGAAAACAAAAGAUUCUCAAGUUUUUUGGCAAACGGGCCAAUAAAAUUCAAGUAUUCAACUAUGCACUCGUUGAAAACUUUAAAACCUUUUGAACUAACCUGACCUCUUAGGAAACAGCCUUCAAAUCUAUGAGUGUUAUUGGUCUGUUUGCCUAAAACCUUGAGAAUAAUUUGUUUUCAGAAAUCUUUGUGAUUGGGCAAUCUUCAUCAAAGUGUCCUGGUUUGAGUAGUCGUACUGUAAAUGUACGGUACCUACGUACUAUGGUUUCAACUUUGUAUUUUGCUUUUGAUAAUUUUCAAACCUUUUUUAUAUCCUGGUUUUCUUUUGACUCACUCCCUAAGAUGUUUUGAUCAAUUCAUCCUUGCAAAUCCAGGGCACAACUGUAGCUUAUUUUGAUGGCAUGGGAUAUUCAUGAGCAAAAUCAUCCCAAGUAGUGAAAGUUUGACAAAAUGUCAAAUGAGCCGCUGGGCACUUCCUUUUACCAGUCCGGAGCUCCAGAAGGAGUAUUCCAUCUACAAUUUUAAUAUGGACAAAAUAUACAUUUUUUAUUUUGUAGGAAUCAGAUUAUGAGGAAACUUCCAAUCUCAAUGCACCAGCUACUCCAUCCAUGAGUGAUGUAGAUGAUGGAGAAGAAGUUGUAAGUCAUAGUCUUUAUUAUAAAUUUCAAGGGAGAAGUUUACCCUGAAAAGUGCGUUACUGUCCUAAUAUCAUAGGCGACGAAUUACUCCUUAAUUUUGGCACGAAAUUUCAGUGUUAAUUUGUAAUUUCACAUGUGAAAUUACAAAAUUGCCAUGGCAACCCUUCCGUACAUCUCAGUGUCAAGAUGGCGACGAAGUUUUAAAAUGCCGUGAAUGAAGAUGUCAGGGCACAAAAAGACGCUUUAGAAAACCUGAACACACAAGAGAACAUCACGAAGGAUUCUAACAGGUAUUUUGCCAAAACAUUCUGAAAAAUUCAAAGCCAAAUUUAAGGUCUAAACAUUUGAGAGAGUGGAGUUCUUGAUCGAUACGAUCCAGAAUAAACAUGUCAAAAAUUCAAGAUUGCUAAAGUAAUCCGUCACCCAUGAUAUUGCGUUUUGUCCAAAUCCUAAUAAUUUCCCGAGCCUUUAGGCACGUGAAAUUAUUCCCUAAUUUCACUUGUCACCAUUUGAUUACACAUACUAAUCACAAAUAAUGAAGACAAAUGGAAGAUGCAGAGUUAAGUCCAGGAAGCAGUUUGCUAGCCUGUCGGCUGAAAUAUAUUGGCAAUUGUGGCACAGAUUUAGCCCAUCUGAAAUGAUGAUAAUGAUGAUGAAAUCAAAGGUGGCCGUUAUUGAUGACUGAAAAAUCUGCAUUUAUGAAUUGUAACUUUUAAAAAGUUAACUAUAAACUUUGUUAUUAUACAUUGUACUCACUAUCUGUCGUCUUCAUAAAGUUAAUUUCACUUCCACACUAAAAUUUUCUUUCAACAUCGGCUUGAAGUAGUUAUGAUAAAGUAAUGGCAGUUAAAUGACAGUAUCUCAGAAUAAUAACUGUGUUACUUUAAAUAACCCAGUUAAGUUGAUUUAUGAGUAAGAUGGCCAGAGAUACUUUUCUAAACUCGUAGUACAACAGUACUAUUGAACACAACGUUUAUUGGUCAUCUUUAACAGUUAUUGAAGGAGUCUGAUAUGUGCAUACUGUAGCAGAGAAACAGCAGUAUUUUCACUCUCUCUUGAUCUAUGCACAGGACUUUGGUAUCAACAGGACAUUGUCAGACAGGCUGGAAGGAAUGAGUGCUGAGCUUCUGACUCCAGCACACAGUGCAACAAGGGCUGAGGUAAAGGAAAACAUAUACAUUCAUCAGGAGAUUAAUAUGUCUGUCUGUGUGUCGAUCUUCCUGACUAGACUGUUCAGUCUCCUAUAAUUUUCCAUAUGAUCGUCCUGGCACCAGUUGUUCAAAAGGUGGAUAGUGCUAUCCACUGAAUAAAUCAUUAUCCACUGGAAAGAUUGGUUUCCCUAAUACUUAUCCAAUGGAUAGUACUACUCAUCUUUUGAAAAACCGGGUCCAGAUCACUGGAAAGCUCUUACUGUUAUGGGUGGCUAUUUUGGUUACAAAUUUACCGAGUGGAUGGGUGUUGGUUUUUAUGGCUGGGUAGGGAGGGGAAAAAGAAACGUUUUUUUUUUCGCCUCCUCCCAAAUUGUCCGCCGUCCUCCUAAGUUGAUUUGAUACUCAUCCUCAGGUUAGGUGGUACAUUUGAAACCAAGAUGGCUGCCCAUAAGAGAAAUAGGUGUUAGGCUUGAAUCCCCUGGACCUCCAGAUCUUGUCUAAGGAAUCAACAUGAUGGAUGAGGCUUGAACCCUUGACCUCCAGAUCUGGAGUUCAAGGUGUUGACUGCUCAGCCACACAUGCCUCCACAUAAGAGUGCUCAAUUUUGAUGAUCUUACAGAACAGUCCUACUUCCUAACUAUCUUUGUCUUGGUUUUAACUGAAUAACUGUCUUAAGCAGUAAUAAGCCGAUUGAAAUACAUACUCAAGGAAUGAGGCUUAAAGAUGGUUUUGCUCAGUGUGAAUAAUUUAUUGUUUUUUGUUUGUUUUUCUUGUCAGUUUAGGUUUUUGGAAAACUGCACACCUACCCCUCCCUAAGCCAUCAUUUUGCCUUAAUUGAGAAUUAAGUGUUAAUGUUAGCUUAGGGAAGGGGUAGGUGGGCAGUUUCCCGGAAACCUAACUUGAUCCUGUUUUUCUUUUCUGUUUUUUUUCAUGGCUAGAGCGGUGGUGUUGCGGCUGGUUUAAAAAGUAAUAACAUCCUGCUUCAAGAUUCCAAUAAUUCCAGGUUUGUGAGCUUUUGGCCAAGUCUUUCAUUCACUGUGUGAGGUUAUUGCCUGUGUGCAAUGCACAUGUCUUCUAUUUCCUUUGUUGCAUGCAGAAAAGGAGUUGUAUGCAUAGAACCUUUAUACAAACAUUGUCCAACCUAAGAUUGUAACUUUGAAGAAACUCCUGGGCAAUAAAAACUUACCUCUUCUGAGCCUUUUUACUUGAACUAAUAAUUUAAUAUUAAUUAAUUUAAGUUUGUCUAUACCACAAUUAAUGAUUAAUUGGCAUUAGAUUUUUAAACUAAUCACAAAGGCUGUAAAGCCAUAAAUAAUAAUAAUAAUAAUAAUAGACACUUAUAUGGCGUGGUAUCCACUAAUUGCUCAAAGCGGUGUACAAUAAUAUGGUAAGAAACUAGAGUUAAAAACUAUUAUAAGAUAAAAUAAAAAUUAAAUAAAGCUACUAAAAUCAAACAUCGUAGGCUAAUUUAAAUAAGUAUGUCUUCAACUGCGUCCUGAACUGGUCGACAGAUGUAACACUCCUGAGUUCAGGAGGCAAUUGGUUCCAUAACCUAGGAGCAGCUGCGGAAAAAGCCCUAUCACCGUACGUCUUUAACCUAGUCCUAGGCACGGCUAGAAAAUUCUGGGAACUAGAAUGAAGUAAUCGUGGACCAUUAUUGUAGCGUAAAAGUUCGGAUAGGUAAAUGCUCUCAACAGUCAGUUAUGGUCUUGUCGAACUUCUCUAAUAUGUGUUGAUUCUGUUAAUGUAUUCUGUUUUUAAUAACAGGGAAAUUGGUGCCAAAACAGACAAGAAUGAAGAUGAGCGAGUCCAGAGAGCUAAGUUACAGGCAGAGGCUGCAGAAAGGUCAUUACCCAUAAUUAUAUCAUAUCCAAUAAGGGACAAAGCACUGAGAAUGAAAAUGAGUCUGGCUGCCUUGAAAGCUUAAAUUGCUUGCAUGGUUUCCGUUUAAUAUGUUCAUCUGUAGCCUUAAAAAGCUAGCCUGUGUAGCCGGCAGGAUUGUUAUUUAGCACGAGCAAAGUUUUGGCCGAGAAACUGCAAAGCCGUGCAGAGAAUGGGGAGAAAGUGCUUUGAAAUCUUGGCAUUUGCGCGUGUCAAAGCAAAAGCGAUUCCGCCAGCUACUCAGUCUAUAAAGUGCUUAAACCAUCUUGUACAACAUAAUAAACAGUACCACAGGAAAGUACUGCUCAACCUAUAGCUAUCAUUUCAAAUGGCCACACUUUAGGAUUUAACCCACGACUCAAAAGUUAGAAUCAUGUUGUACAGAAAACCGUCGGGCACGAAAAUUUUCCGGGAGUUUAUUUUGCGGAUUGGCGAUUUUUGUGUUUAGGGGGAACUAAUUUUUGAGAUUAGGUUUUCUUGCUGGGAAUUAAUUAGUAGCUUUAUUUUGAAAGUUCACGCUUUAGAAUUUCAACCACACUCAAAAGCUAGAACCACCUUUUACAGCAUGAUAAACAGUACCACCUGAACGUACUGCUCAAUAGACUUCAUAUGACCGGUCACACUUUAGGUUUUUAUCCUGUUAGAUAAGGGGCCUCUAGGAUAAUUGAAGGAAUCAAACUUAAGCCGAAUGACUGAUUUCUCUGUUUUUCCUUUUCCUUUGUGCUAAAACAGAAGAGCGACACAACAGAAGGGACAAGAAGCAGCUCAAAUACAAGAACAAGAAAGGUGACGCUUGAAGUACUGAUUGCAAACCGUGUUGUGUUUUGUUGUUGUACAACUAUACCUGUAUCAUGUGCCACCUCAAACUGAAUUUAUGAAGAGAGCUUUUUCUUUUGAAAUAUCAACCUUCUAGGUUCUCUCGCAGAAGGGAUAAAUAAUUCAUUUUUUUAACGUAUAAGAGAGCUAUCAUGUUGUCGAGCCCUAACUUGCCUAUUGUACAAUAUGGACCAGGGGCAUUGCAGCAUUAGGGUGGAUUUCCACUGUUGCGUAAUUUUCACGUGCGUAAGCACCUGCGUGAAUAAAAUAGAGGCAAUGUAAGGAAGGUCGCGGGCAAACGUAAGAGUCGAACCUCGCUCAACUUUUACGUUUACGCCCAACCUUUCAUAUAUUGCCUCUAUUCUAUUUACGCGCGUAAAAAUUUACGUGCGUACGCACGUAAAACUUACGGACCCUUACGCAACAGUGGAAAUCCACCCUUUCCCUAGUCUGCUACACAGCCGUUAUUAGUGUCGGAGCGUUGCGUGACGACACUAAUAACGGCUGUGUAGCAGACUACCUUUUCCCUCGUGUUUCAUGUGUGUUAAAUCCACCACAUUACACUCAGUUUACACGAGAAAAACGCGUAAAACAUGCGUGUUAAAAAAUACACGCAAAAAGUAGCACCAAAAAUUUUGUUGGAUGUUUUUGUAAGAUCGUAAGCAUUGGCAGUUGUUUAAUUUUUGAUUAUCCGAGACGUACACUGUACGCAUGCCAUGUUUGAAAUCUUCUCCCUACGCGUUGUUCACAGAUUGCGCGCUCGGAUAGCGGCCAUCGAGUGUUUAGCUCCUCUUCCCAGCGGAACGCUUUGCACGGCUUUCUGGUCGAAUACUUCACCUUUUUUUCUCAGUCAACGGUCACAGAAUAAUUCAACGCGGAUUUCCAUUUUUUGCCACAGUGGACAAGGAUAAGAAUGCUUUAACCAUCAAAUGUUUUGAUCCGUCAAACCCAAUUUGUUUUCAAGUUCACUGGAUUUUCCUUUUUUUCAACGGUGCCGAUCCUUCGUUGAUUUUUCGGUGAAUGCUUAUCCUUUCAAUUUUUCAUUUUUUAAAACAGCACUGUAAGGCCUCAUUAGCGCAAUAUUUUCUUUCCAUUAUUUGUUUUUAUGGGUGGACCUUUUGAAACUAUGGGAGUAGUGGCCAUACGAGUAAAAUGUUAGCGUCAAACCUUUCUCUGCCGCUUUAUACUUUCACAAUGAUAUUAUUUCACAUUCAUUUCUAAUAAUCUCAUUAGUGCUCCUUACAAUUUCAUCUGUAGUUGUUAUUACCAGGGGUCAAAUUAAUAAAACUUUUACUAAUUUUAUAGCCACUGUUUCAGAAAACAAUAGGGCUAUUUACAUGGAGGUGUGGGACCUCUUGUAAAUUACACUAUCAUGUAUUAAAAUGUGAAAAUUUUUCACUGAUUAAAUUGACCCUUCCUGGGUAUUAUGUAAACAGGCCCUUAAAGUUUCAUUAAAUUGACCGCAGUUCCAAUUUCAAUGCCAUUACUCAGUUUCACAUUGGAACUCUUAGUAAUAGUCGUAAAAGGGCUUUGUCACACAAUUCGCUAUCUUCUUAGAAAGAUAAGACGUGUCUUCGCACCAAUUGAAUUCCAAAAAAUAAUAGUCCAGUUUUGUUAUUACGACUAUAUUUAGGCAUUGCCGAGAAGUGCUUCCUGUCAUCUGUUGUACGGAUGAUAACUAUGAUAAGAAUAGACAUGGAUCGCCGGCCUGCGAGCAAGCUCUCCGGGGCGCUAAAACUUAAAAAAAUAAAAUAAAUUCAAAUUUUAUCAUGUUUUACUGCUUUGCCCUGCAAAACUCCCCAAGAAAUUAUUAUGGUUAGUGCUCCCUGCUUGUUCGAUAUCUUCUUCAUAACUCUAAAGGGGCAUUUUGUUUAUGAGUAAGGGAACUAAUGACUUAAGCAUGGCAUUCAACUAAAACAACCUCGUGAUAUAGCCUCUUUAAUUUUUAGUACUUGGCUGCGUGUUUUAAUUCAUUCUGUGGGUUAGCAAGUCUGUUUCCAACCUUUAAGUUCACUGCAGUCAGAAAACAGCGAAGCUGAAGCAUCCACCACGACGGCGAUAGCAACGAAAAUGUCAAAAACCCCACAUGGUUCACGAGCAAAACAACAGCCCUGCUCGUGCAUCACACUUCACACUUUUUGGUACAUUUCUGUCAAGUCCAUCGUGCACGACUACCACGUGAAGCUUCCUAAUCCGACCGUGUUUCAUAGAGGACGUUAAAACACGACGAAGAAUUUUUUUUUUUUUUAACAUGGAUACAGUCCAAACCAGUCCACAAGCGUUCAACUCUCGGAAAAAUUCGCCUACAUUUGAGUAAGGUUAAGUAAACACGAUGGAGUUUUAAAAAACGAAAAUUCGUUUUUCUUUGCUGACGUUUUCACUGUCCUUGUCGUUGUGGUUAAGGGUUUAAGCUGGCUAGUGUUUGUUUAUUUGUCAGUAAGUCUGUCUAUCAGUCUGAGAGUCAAUCGGCAGCUAUCCAUUCGUUUCUCAGUCAGGAAUCCAUUCAGUCCUCAUCCUGAGAGUUAGACGAAACCUUUCGUUUAUUUUUACCCGCAGACUCGCAAAAGAAGCAGCUAAAACCAUCGAAGACAUGAGAAAAGCUACAGAGAAGGAACUGAACGAAGCUAAGCAGAAACUAGAAAAGGAGAAAGAAGAUGCGCUGAAGAAGGUGAAAGAGCAGUAUCAAAAAGAACAGGACAACGAGGAAGAACGUCUGAGAAAAGGACACGAUGCUGUCAUGAAAACACUCGGGGAAAAAGCCAGGGAAGAUGCUUUAGAAGAGGAGGCUAUGCUGCAAGAGGGCAAACAAGAUGCCAUGAGAAAACUAAAGCAGCAGAUUCAGCGGGAACAAGACGAAGAAGAGGCUGCUUUGAGGAAGAAAAAGGACGAGGCUUUGGAUCUGAUAAGAGAAGAACUACAGGUAUGAGCUGUCUUUACUCAGUUUAUUAUUAUGUUUUGUCUCCCUUCCCUUUAAAGCUUCCUGGAUUUUUUUUAAAGCUGUGAUUUUGCGAGCAGUUCUUUUACCAAGCCAGGUUCAUGUAAUCACAAGAGGAAUAUAACGUUCCCUGUUGCGGCCAAAGGUUUAAAAGCAUCAAAGUUUCACAUGCAUAUAUAAAGUACUUCCAUUUACACCGGUUCUCACAAUAGAGGAUAAAACUUAGGGCCCUUUUCAAAAGUCAGAACUGGUCGGCCAGACCAUGGCACGACCAGUCAUUGACAAUGAAAUAGGCUUUUUCCAAGAGUUUUUGCUUAAAAAUCAUCUCCUACGUGCUUGCUAUUUAGGAUUUGACUGAUCUGCCUGCCGGGAUAGUUUUGAUUUUAAAAAGUGUAUUCGGUCUCAUAACGGCGGGAAUGGCCUGGCCGGCGUAUUGUGAUAAAUGGUAAGCGCUUUUUAGUAUCAUUGGUACAAAAAUUUAGCAAUUUUUGGACGAGGUUGAACAACGUAUCGGGAUUUGUCAGUGGUGAGUUGUUUUUUUAUGAAGCCAUCUGUCAUUUUCCACGCAAGAGCGCUCGCAAGAAGAAGAAUAGCGUGGUUUCAUUUACGCAUAAGCAGAACAAAGCCAAAACACAGUUGGACGACAUUGCGCAUUAGCCUGAGAAAAAAGCCGACAUCUGGCGACGCUACCACCGUUUUCCCCGCUAAAUGACGUUUGAGAAACGAGCUCAGAAAUUCCAUACUGAUGACGCGUCACUACUCAGAUCUGGGUAGUGCUUCUGAUUGGUUGAAUCAAAUUUCCCACGCGGCGCGACCACUCAGAAGCACUACCCAAAUCUGGGUAAGAGGAGAAAAGCGUCAUUUCGUUUACGCAUGAGGAGAAUAUUAUUUGCAGCCAACCACAGUUGGACGACAUUGCGCAGGAGCAGACCAUUAUUUGUAGGCAGUUAUUUGCAGGUCACGUGGUGGGCUUUCGGCCAAUGAAAAGGACGAACAAUUUGCAUCGAAUGAUAAUAUGCUUUUUUGUCUUUUUAUUUUUUCAUUCGCCAAACUGAAGGAACAAGAAGAAGCUGAGAAGGAGUUAAUGGCAGAUGAAAGAGAAACAGCAUUGAAAAACAUGAGGGAAAAAUUUUCCUCCGACAUGGAAGAGGAGAAAAAGAAACUUGCUGAGGAACAAAAAGAAGCUUUGGAAGAACUGCGGGAAAAACUAGAGAAAGAAAAAGAAACGGUAAGUCACUUCAAUUAGCAAGGAUUAGAACAGUGGGUUAGUGCCCGGCCUUUUUGCUACUUUCGUAGCAAGAAAAUCUACUUGUCGUGAACUACAGAUCGGACGGGACUUGUUUUCAGCUCUGAUGUGACAAACAUCUUGCAUACUGCAAGAACUGGAAUGUUGAUAGGUAGUCUUUCUCGCAGCUGUUCUUGUCUUGUCACGGGACGCCCUUCCCCAAAAAACGGCUGCUCACAUUCGAACAUGUGAGAUAGGGAGGAGCGUUGCGUGACGAGACAAAAACGGUUGCGAGGGAGACCAGUUGAUAGGUGGCUUAUCUGCAGUGAUAGAAAUGUGAUGAGGAAUUUGAAGCCUGGUGAAAGAUUUUCCGUUCGUCAUGUCACUUGUUUCCGGCUCAUUUCGCAGGCGUUGGAGGAGCAGCAGCAAAACAACGAAUAUGAGCUCCAACAGCUGAAAACAGAAUUGAUUGAGAAACACGAGAAAGAAAUGCAGGAAUUACAGACCGAGCUUGAGGAAAACCACAAUAAUGAUUUGGCUGCAGCUAGAAAGUCUGCAAUGGAGUCCAGAGCUAACUUUACCAUGAGCAUGGACUCGCUUGAUGUUGAGGUAUGGAGUCAAUAUCGUGAUUUGCUCAAGAAAAAUGUAAAUAUUUGCAGUUAUCCCAGAACCAAACGUAACUCAUCCACGUUCUUUUUAUGUUUCAUGCGUAGCGUGCAUGGCAGGCAUUGAAAGGGGUAGGGGAUUAGGGGGAUUAGGGGAAGAAAAAAAGGACGGGGAUCGCACUUUUCUUCUCCUCCCUUCCCAAAAGUAACUCACCCACCUUCUUUUUCAUGCGUAGCGUGUAGCAGGCGUUGAAAGGUGUGGGGGGAGGGGGGUAAAGGAGAAGCGAAAAGGGAGGGGGCAUCGCGUUUUUCUCUCCUCCCCGUCUUUUAUGCCUGCCACGUGGGCUAUUUCAUACCCCGCCAAGUAUAAUUUCCGGUCUCCGAGUUCUGUUUGGUAAAGUGGACUGUCUGAGAGCGUUUCCCUUGUUAACAAGUCAUCAGAAGCUUGUUUGGUUUAUUGUUGUUUAUUAAAGGUUCAGCAGGACUUUGUUAAAAAGAAGAAGGAUUUGGAAGCGAAAUACGAAGAGCAGUUGGUGAGUAGUCAUUAUUUUUUCAAAUAUCUACAAAAACGUUUAUGUUCCUGCUCUGGAAAACUUUGACGUUAAUAUCUCCAAAAAGAAGAGUCAAAGUUUUGAGGUUUUAGUUUGAGAUUAAAUAUUGCUUUAGUUGCGAGUUUGAGUACGAGUUUAAUUUUGAAUCUGAGUUCAAAGUUUCUGUUCGAGUCUGAGUCUGAGUUUGUUUUCCAGUGCUUGUUCACGUUUGAGUAAAUUUUAAGUCUCAUAUUAAGUUUGUAUCAAAGUUUGAGUCCGUUUUCGAGUUCGAUCCGUUUCAGUUUCAGUUCGAGUUUGGGUUGGAGCUGGGGUUCGAGUGCUUGUUCACGUUUGAGUUAAGUGUUUAAGUUUUAGUGUGUAUCAAAGUCUGAGUCCGUUUUCGACUUCGACUUCGUUUUUAUUUUAGUUCGAGUUUGAGUUGUACCUGGGGUUCGAAUGCUUGUUGACGUUUUAGUUAAGUGUUCAAGUUUUAGUUUGAGUCAUGUUUGAGACCAUACUCGAUUUCAUUUGACUUCGAGUUCGAUUUGGACCAAAGACUCUACACGACAAACAUUUUUAACUCAGGCCUCACAUAGGAGAGGAAACAAUUUUUUUUCCAAUUUUCUUGCUUUCUUCAGGAGUCCUUGCAAAAUGGUUACGAGAAGAAAAUUUACAAGAUCAAACAAGACUGGAAAGAACAGGUACUAGUAGUCACAUGUGACCAGUAUGUACCCGACUGAAGAAUGCCUCCUUGUAACCUCCCUGCCUCGUACUCAGACCUUUCUCCCACCUUGCGCAAAGGACGGCGGGACGGUAUAAGUGCGGAACGAUGCUUCGCUUUCUAUUCCUUUCGUUGAUGCCUUACGCCAUGUAUGUUUCCAAUCAUUCCCCUCGUGGCGCUAAUCUCCCGAAACGCCUGUGGGAGAGGCUAGGAACCUCAGAUAUAUAAGAGGAACCUGGGAAGUCCAUCUGGAAAUUCCUCUGAUAGCCUCGAAUUUACAGAGUAGUAAUGUGACCAUAAACAAAUUUGUUAAGCUUUUCAAUGGUAUCAUAUUUUUGUACAAAAUGGUAUCUAUAGCUUUCUUUUUUUAAUAUACCGGGAAACAUUUUCUUAAACAGUAAUUAAUUAGGCUUUAGUACGAUAUGAGGAACUGGGCAAACAUCAAAGGUGUUAUUCGCCUCAGCCUACGGCUUCGGCAUACAACGCCGUCCCUGAUCUACAUAAUUCUUCAUAUCAUCACAGUCUCAACCAAUAAUAGGCUGAUUUAGCGACAGAAUGGGAACGUCAGUUGACGACGGCGCGCGCAAAUCAAACAACUGGAUUGACCAAUGGCAGAGCCGUAAAUUGAGCACCGGAAGUCGUGUUUAGUCCUUUCCGCGCGCUUUCCUGUCGUCAACUGACGUUCCCGUCCUGUUGCUAAAUCAGCCUAAUAAGUGUUUAAUACUCUUCAUUAGGAAACAAAGGAGAGAUUCGACUUGAGCGAAAAGUGGGAAAAGGAGAAGAGAAACUUAUCUGAAGAACACAAAAAAACCAUGGCCAAACUUCAACAGGACGUGGAAGCUGAAAGGAAAAGACUGCAAAAAGAACACGAUGAAAUGGUUAGUUGUAAAGAUAAACUCUUCAUCAUCCCACACACGAGCGUGAGGAAAAGAUGGAGGAAGAUCCAAGAAGGCGGAUCAUCCGAGCGGCAUAUUUUUUCUGUAUUCAGUUUACAUGCAAAAAGUUGUACUUGUCCCUAGCGCUAGGAUCUUCCUAGCUGAGAGGUAGGAAGAUCCUAGUAAGACGAUUUUUCUAGCACCAUGUAAACUUUGUUUUCGCUAAGAAGAUCCUAGUACUAAGAACAAACCAAACAAAAAUGGUGGUUGGCCAUUCUGUGGGUAGUCAAUACAAUAAAGGCCGACAGUUUCGUUUGGCUGCUGCUGAAAGGUAGUUAUUAACGCUAGUAAAGAGAGCAGAAGUGUCAAAAUUGCAUGUUUGUUAUUGUCGCUGGCAUUCUUUAAUUCCUCCUCCACUUGGUAACCACACGGACCGACAUUUCUGCAUGUAAACCCAAAGAAAAGUUGUUCCGCAUUCUAGGAUCUUUUGGGUGCUAGGAUCUUCCUCCCCCGCCCCAUGUAAACAGCCCCAAAGAAAAACAUCUUACUCCCCGACGUGUUUUUUUAAAACCCCUACCUUUCCACCUGUCUGUCGGCAUCCUUAAUGUCUUCUUAACUUUCGCACUGAAAUUCGCCCUCUAAAAUCUCAAAAGCAGAACAGACUUUAUUGUGGAGGAUAUUUUUAUCCGCAGGAAGAAAGAAUGAAUAAUGGUCGAGACAAUCUUCAGAAGCAACGCGAAGAUCUUGAAAAAGAAGAAGAGGAAUUGUUAGCCGAGGUAACGAAACUAAGGUCUUACUUCGCAAGAGUGGCUUCUUAUCUGGAAAACAAAACCAAAGCUAUUACAACCAGUCGAUCGCACAAAACUGAACUGUACCAACUGAUGACUGAGCCAUCAAAACUUGCUGCUACCGCAAGUGUCAAGUGCAGGAAAAUCUUCUUAAGAUACACCGUUGCAAAGCACACCUGGGAUGCUUAACACUUACACAAACCAACUCACUGGUUAAAAAUAUUCAACAAGUUAAAUCGAGUCUUUGUGACAAGGAACCGUAAAAAAAAUUAGCCAAAUCAGCUGAAGAGACAAAAAGCUAGAAAUAAUGCAUCGCCUCAAACUACAGCCCAUAUUUUCCUAAGCCGAAUACCGUGAACCAUGUGAUUUGCCCAUCUUAAUUUUCGGUUUCCCCACGCAAAUACGUAACCCUAUUCUCGCUGUUCAAGGGUAGGUCGUGAUGAAUAGAAAAUUUUAACUUAUGUCUUAGUCUUGCUUGAUUAUUAUGGCGUCCAGAUUGCGCAAACUUCGAUUGCGUCCGAUGUAACUCGAUAGAAAGCGUUAGGGUUGGGGUAGAGAAGUUUCUUUUUUUCAGAAACCCUAUCUAUAGCACCUUCCUAAGUUUUCGUAUACCUUUCAAAAAAGAGUUAUCUAAUGUUUCCUUUUUUUUAUUUUUAGCGAAGAGAGUUGGAGGAGAAUCGACAGCAGAUAGAGGAGGAAAGACGAAGAUUACUACAGCAAAGAGAGGUAAUAAAAUCGUUACUACAUUUAUUACUUGGUAACAUUGUUCCCAGCUGCGGGGUAUCAUUAUUGCUACGCUUUGAGGAUAGCCACGAAAUCUCGCACUAUUUUGUAAGGAAAUCGAGUGCUCAAGAUCGAGGUUUUUAGUAGUUUUGGAAGUGAUACAAUAAAAUUAUCAUGUAAAUAUAAAGAAACAAAGAGGGCUGGUUAGUGGCUGGUUCCCGAAGUUAUUUUCUUAAGAUGCGGAUUUCAAUAAAUGGCUUCGGGCCCGUAAAGGUACCACGGGACUCUGAUCUGUUUGGAUCCUGUUUGCGUCUAUUCUAAAUGGCCAAAUAGUGACGUAAUAUGGCGACACUAGGCAAAUCGGCCUAGAAUAAUAUUUUAAAUAAGUGUAGUUACACAUAAUAGCUAAAUAUAACAAUACUGAAGUUGCUGAAAAAUGUCGUCCGCAACUAACACAAAUAUUGUAAAAGCAAUUUCAUUUUAACUCACUGCGUUCGACCAAAUGAAAAUAAUUUUCUUCAAAAUCCCUUAUAAAAAUAAUAAACACAACGGGCAAACUAGGUUUGUAAGUCACGUGAAGCCAACAUUAUUUCAGUCAUAGUUUUCUGGGCUUUUUAAAACAUUUUUAUCGUCUGUAUUUAAGGCCCUUUCUCGAGCCGGCGAGCAGGCAGCGGCAUCGAUAGGAGAGGACGAGACUCUUGCGAGGCUACAAUUAGAUGAGGUGAAGGCGGCCAUCUCAAACAGUGAACAAGAGCUGGCUAAACUGAAUAGGUAUGUGUGUAAUAGGGAUACAGUAAAAUGCUGCUUAUAUGCGCCCCAACUUAUAAGCACCCCCAGAUAUAAGCCCCCCGUCCAGUUUUAGGUCCUUCUUCCUGCAUAUACAAAGCACAUCCGGUUAUAACCCACUCCCCCCCACCCUUGGAUAUUAGCCCCCGUUCCAAUUGCAUUGACGUGAAUUCGAUUUAUUGGGACGUUUUCAAGCUUACUCAAAAAUCAGUAAAUGCAAAACAUAUUUUGAUCGGCACUGCUAUAGCUUGUUUUAAAGCGCGUUUUCUAUUCCGGUUGUAAGCCCCAUAGGAUACAAUUCCCUCCGUUUAUAAGCCCUAAGAGUGAUCAGCAUGAAAUUUCUCCUUAUUAUAUCAAUGCUUUAGAAAACAGGGUGGUCAUGAGAACUGAGUACAUGAUCAGGGAAGAUGAGUCUAAUUGAUAUUUCAACAAAUUCUCCCCACUACUUCUAUUAAAAAAAUAUAGGGACGGUAAAUGAGAAUCUCAAUUUUGAUAUAUAAGGUUAGGGUAUAUAUAGGCCCCCCUGUUUAUAAGCCGUCCUAAAACCCCUUACGAAGUUGUAUAAGCGCAGGGCUUAUAAGCAGCAGUUUGCGGUAUUAUGGUAUUAGGGACCUUAAGCAAAGACGUUUUUGAGCGACGCACGUCAACCGGAAGUGAGGCCUUCUCCCUUUUUAUAUGCCUUCACGCUAACAAACUUGUAUUGCUGAGUUUCUUUUCUCUUUUAAAGACGAUUUACCCGAGUGUUUCAACCAAAGCGCUCCCCAAUGAUGCAAAAAGUCCACUUCCGGUUGACGUCCGUCGCUCAAAAACGCUGUUGCUUAAGCUCCCUAUUAUGGAGUCUGAGUGAAUCCUAUUAGAACAGUACUAAGCAAUGCCUCUGUUGCUGCAUCUCUGUACCUCUUUCUGCAAAUCAUUAAUGUCGAUUAUCAGGAACCCAGCGAUUAUCAAAUUUGUUAAGGACGUUAAAACACAGUGGAGGUUUGUUGUAUUUUCCUUUCUCUAUUGGAACUUUUCCAUAAGGAGGACAGAGAAUCGGUCGUUUAGUCGUCAUUUUGCAAAGUUGACAUUAUCUUGUUUAUAUUUGGUUUCAGACAAAAAAGAAGCCUUGAAACCGAAGUGGACAAGCUCAACUCUUCCAAGGCCGAGCUCCAGCGUGAUAUAAGGUGAGCGACAAAGUAUAGCGAUGGCCGCAAACGGUGUUGAUGCAAUGUGAUUUCUGCCCAGUAUACACUGUUUUAGUUGGUGGAGCGUUGGUCUACGCAUUGGGAGGUCGUUGGCUCAGUUCCUGGGGCAAAGGUCGUUGGUAUCGCUACGUUGUUUAAGACAAGAGACUUUAAAUUUUUUGGAAAAAUAUUGUUUGUACCACAUAUGUCUACCGCUCAUUGCCAACCGUCACAUUCCUUUAACCUAUUCGACCCUAAACCGUCCGUAGCCGCCCGUGCGGAUCCACGUCCCUUCUACCGCUUGUGACACCGUUAGUUUUAAUGGUCAAAGAAAACGUAGUCAGCUAACUUGUGCAGGGUAAAGAGAUCUUUCAGAAUGAGCACAAUUCCGCAGUCAAGGAGGCAAGAGAGAAAGGCAGAAAAUCUUGUUCCACUACCCACCUAUCUUUCCUUUCAUCUAAUCGUAAGAUCCUAAAAGCUUUCACAAAAACUUUUCCCACCAAAAGGUACUGACCACCAAACGGCCGGACUAGCUUCAAAACGCGUUUUUCUGCAAAAUUUCCGGGGGCGAAUGGUUUAAAAUCUUCCAGUGCAAAAACAUACCCUGUUUAAUACUCAAGACCCUGAAAACCAUAUCCUUUUUAGGGGCACAUAGCCAUUUUAGCUGAAUGAGGGAGUACCCCCCCCCGGGACACAAACGGACUCCUCAGUCAAUAAUUCAUGCUAAGUACAUGAAAUUAAAGAAAAGUAUUUUUUUUUUGUCAGCCAGAAUGCUCGCCCAAGUUCUCUAUGUAGUGCACGUGUCUUUUCAUUGUAGUUCUUGUUAACGUGUACUUUGUUUUUGUACUGCCCGUCUUUAAAAAUAAGGAUUCGAGCAAAGUUUCCAUCAGCUUUUUACAUGAGUAUUACAUGUUCAAGAUGCUCAGGGAGUUCUUACUAUAUUUUGUCUUUAACAGCAAUCUGACAAAAAGUCUAAAAGAACUAAAGGAGAGUUGCCAAAACCAAAGCGAAGAAUUACAAGAUCUCUUAAUUCAACGGGAUAAAGUGCAAAAAGAAACAGCCAUGAAAGAAGAAGACGCUCUAAUAAAUGAACGAGAUGGUGAAAGCUCUCAGACAGCCGCUACACCAAGCAAGGACCGAGAUGCGAAAAAAAGACCCAAAAAGGAAGUGGCUGAUUUGGGCUUUGAGGAUGAGGCCCUGCAAGUAGAGGACCUGGAACCUCCUGGUGUCGCUGCUGCUAAGGUAGGUUUACGUACUCGUACCCAGGUUCAUUCCGGUUAUUUUCGGCCGAGAGUGCGAAUGCAUGUGAAACAAAAGCUACGAGUCACGUGCAAAGGGGAGUUUGUUGCGUUCGUAACGGCAAUGAUGCGAAUACGCAUGCAAUAAAUCCCAACAAUGUCGGCCCAACACUGCUGAGAGUUGUUGCGUCCGUGUUGGCAGUGGUGUGCAUACCGAUGCAACAACUCCCAACAAUCUUGGCUCAACAAUGCUGGAAGUUGUUGCGUUCGUGCUGGCAGUGGUGUGCAUACGGAUGCACCAACUCCCAACAAUGUUGGCCCAACAAUGCUGGGAGUUGUUGCGUUAGUGUUAGCAGUGGUGUGCGUACGGUUGCAACAAAUCCCAACUAUGUCGGCCCAACACUGCUGGGAGUUGUUGCGUUCGUAUUGGCAGAGGUGUGCAUACAGUUGCAACAACUCCCAACAAUGUUGAGACCUGUAGUGCAUCAUGGGAUGGAUACAACCCAUAAGACUUUGGAGACCAUGUAUAAUGCACGUGCGUGGCCCCAACAAUGUUGGAAGAGCUCUGCAAAUGAAUCCAACAUUGCUGCGCUACGCGUCGGUGAUCACGGAACAGAAGAAAUGUUGGGAUUUGUUAGUUCAAAAGUUUGACCGGUUUUAAACUUUUGCGCAACAAAAAAAUCAAACUAACAAGUGCAUAAUACUGUUGUCUGUUUUUUCAGGCUGAGGAUCGUGUACCAUCAGAUGCCAAAGGUAACAGUUUUUCUUUUUGUCUUUAAAAAUAAAUAAAUAAAUAAAUAAAUAACAGAAAUUUAAAGAAAUAAGCAUAGAAGCAUAAAUUUGAUGUGGGAACGCAAAUUUAGUUGAUGGAGAUUUUUCUCGCCUACUUGUCAGGCCUACAUUAAUGUCUUCUUUUUCUCGUAGUUCAUCCUGACAGCGAUGAUAAUCUUUCACCCGGGGAAUUUUCUCCGCGUACUCCAGUUCAUUCGAGGGCAAAGAAAGGACGUGCACGACCCAGGGCAUCACAAGAACCAGCUGCUGGAUUUGCAAGAGCUUACGAUUUAGGUAAGAAUAAUAGUGCUAGGAUUGUGGAUCGAUUUUUGCUAGUCUUUAAAGUAAAACUAACUGGCGAACUGCUCUUUAGAGUAUAUGGUUCAGAGGAAGUUCCCCCACUACCCCUUCCCUAACCCAACAUGUUGCUCCAAGUAAGAGAACGGUAUAAGACUCUUGGAAACUGUUUUUUUUUUUGUUGUUUCUCCUGAUUUCAUCCGUUGUAACGGUUACUUUUCAGUGGACUUGUCAUCAGACGAAAGUUCGUCAGAAGAUGUACAAGGAACAUUUCUCUACAUGCAAAAGCAGGCUGAACUGCGUAACAGGUAAUAGUUAAAUACCUUCUAAAGUGGUUGUCUGUUUUUGCUAUUCUUAUUCUUGUUUUAAAUAAACAUAUUUUUUGGGUUAUUUCAGUGACUUGAGAAAUCGUAUUGCGAUGGAAGGAGAUGCCAUCACUAGAGCCAAAGAAUUCUUACGACGUCAACGGCGUUCCGUGCAGCGAAGACAGGUAAGCUUUGUAUUUCGAUUUUAAAUUGAAUCGUUCAGAAGAAAAAGUGACACACGCCGGUUUCUAUUUUCACUGCAAUCUCCUCUGCCGUUGCCGAGCUUCAGAAAAAAAGCUUUUGAAAGUUUAUUAUUUCCCUUUCUGGAUGACUUUAUGAAAAUAGUUUGUUGGGUCAACAGCCUUUAGGCCUCCAAUGUGUUUUUUAGAUUUUUCUGACCAAUACAGUAGCAAAAGACAGUACGAUUUUUGCCUUUCGACCACGAAUGGUUGGUCACAAUUACAACAUUGGCUUGCGGCAUCUAUUGGCCACCGAUGUUGGUAAUUUUUACAGUUGCACUUCCACUAUUGUUAUCCAACAAUCUAAAGCAACAAUGCUCGCAUUUUCAGCAGUACCUAAAGAUGGAUUUCCACUGUCGCGUAAUUUUUACGCGUAAAUAAAGUAGUGGCAAUGUGUCAAAGGUCACGCGUAAACGUAAAAGUCGAGCGAGGUUCAACUUUUACAUUUACGCGUGACCUUCGAUACGUUUCCUCUGUUUUAUUUAUGCGCGUACCCACGUAAACAUUUAGCACGCGACAGAGGAAAUCCACCCUGGCAGAGAAAAAAGUCGCCUCGAGUGUAUUAAGGUGUAACGGCGAGUGGUCCUCGAGGUGAAAGUAUACGACACGUUGCCAAGUUUGGCUCAGAAGAUGACAAUAAUGAUGAUGACGAUGACGAUAGUGAUGAUAGAUUUUCAUCCUCACCUUCUUCCUCCUUCUCGACAUCAUCAUCAUCAUCAUCAUCGUCAUCGUGAUUAUUAUUAUUAUUAUCAUUAUUGUUAUUAUUAUUAUUAUUAUUAUUAUUAUUAUAUAUUAUUAUUGUUAUUAUUAUUAUUAUUAUUAUCGUCGAUUAACAAUUCUUUUUUCAGGCUGCAUUGGAAACUGCUCGAAAAGAAUUAACCAGUGACAUGUCGCAAAACUUUGCACGUGGAAAGGUAUGCCAGUGUUAUCGUAAAAACUAUAAAAAUUGGCGUAUUCUUGGAGAAAAUCAAGGCUUUAUGAUAAUUACAAUUGACUAUUCAAACCACAAUAACACAGUCACUGUAGAGUUGACCUUGUUUUCCUCUUACAGAUUAUACAUCAGAAUGGUAAAGCUAAGUGUUUUUUUUUUCCUAAUAUGUAGGCAUUGUCCGGUCGAAGCGCUGAUUUCCUGGAAGAUGUAAGAGCACGUUUGGAUGAGGUCAGUGAGAUUAGACUUAAAACAAGUUCAGGUUAGACCCCAACCAAUCUUGAAAUGCACGCUCUUAUUUUGGGUGGGAGAAAGCUGCCUCUGUUUAUGUUCCGGUAUCUCCGUAGUCGCCAUCUUUGUAGGCUGAUUUAGCAACAGGACGGGAACGUCAGUUGACAACGGGAAAGCGCGCGGAAGGGACUUAACGCGUCUUCCGGUGCCCAAUUUGCCGCUCUUCCAUUGGUCAAGCCAGUCGUUUAAUUUGCGCGCGCCGUCGUCAACUGACGUUCCCGCCCUGUUGCUAAAUCAGCCUAUUAUUUAAAACACGAACGACAGUGCUUCAAAAACGUCCCUAGAGUAUUUCAUCUCAAUAGGAUUGCUAAAUGAUGAAUUUGUCUUUUUAAAACGCGUUUAUGAAAAAAGUUAAACAGAAGCUACAAAAAUAACUUGAAUGUUGGGCUGAAAUAUUCAUGCAAAUGCAUUAUGCAAAUCAAGUAAACAGUUUGAGCGUCCACUUGCCUUCGCAAUACGCCUAUCCAAAUGAAAGAAAUUUCACACUCAAUCGGCUGCACAAGAGGAAAAAAUAGUUUGAGUAGAGUGUCGCUAAAUCUAACUGCAACGCGUCGCAAUGAUCGGCAUUUUUCAUGUAAACUCAAAAGUGCUUCUAUCGUCUGGUUACUCAUUUGUUGCUUUAAAAAAAAAAACGAGGGGGAACCCGGUACAGUCACUAAUCUCCCGAACGAUUUGAACUGGCACUCACUAAAACUGAGACGCACGACUUACCACCAUGAUAGUGAACAAUAAAAUCAGGGUCAAUAUUCCGGAAUACAUUUCACGCCCAACCCGUGUUACAUGCUGUUACCAUAGCAGCAAGUUUAUAAAUAUUGUUAGUAACAACAAUUACAAUUUUUUUCACUAGAACUCUAAAAGAAUGGAACACUUUACCGUCCUUUUAUUAGAGCAGCCUUCCGUGGACGCAUUUAAAUCUUCUGUUACUAAUUAUUUUAAUCUCCCUCAUUGAUUUUAUACAUCGUUUUAUUUUAUUUAUUUGUUGUUAUUAUUAUUAUUAUUAUCAUUAUUAUUAUUGCACAUUUACAGUGAUGGGAAAUCUUUGUGAAUUAUAACAUAUAAAAUAAAGAGUUUAUCAAUGUCAGUUUACAAAGACUGAAAAGCCCAUUGUAUUUCUUCAAUCUAGGAAGAAGCGGAGCUUGGAGUUGUGAUGGACAACAUGACCGCUGGUCAAGAACUUUUGAGACAGAAAGAAGACAGGCUCAAAGUAAUGGAAAACGCGCUGCUCGGCGGAGGACUGGUGAGUAAUUUCAGUCUGUUUGUAAUCAUUUCGUUUAUUCGAUCAAAUUUUAACAGCCGGCUAUUGCAUAUAUGCCAACUCUCCUGGAUACGGCACUGAUCUCCCGCUCUCCCUUAUCUCCCGGAUAAAAUCGACUUUUGAGCUUUUCUGUGCUUUAGUUUGAAAUUUAGCUCAUUUUUUCUUAAAAUUCGAACUUUUCUAUUCAUUGUACGGUUUCUGGGACAUUUUUGGACGUAUUUAGUCACUGACAAAGAUUGUUUCGUCAUUACAAUGAUGAAAGCGAAUUUUGAUUCCCGUAUCAUAAUUUGGCGGCUGGUUUAAUUUGGGAACGAGGGGGGAAGGGGGCUGCGUUGACAUUUAGGGGGAGGGCUAGUGCAAAAGAGAGAGUCUCCAGAGUUCAGAUCUCCGGAGGUUGGCAUCUCUGCUAUCGAUAAAGCCCCGUUAUCACAUUACAACGUAAAGAGUAUCGACAAUUCCAUCAUUCCCAUAGAAUUCCCUGGUAGAAGGCAUGGUGUGAAGCCGAUCGCUUUCAAAAGAGAUGUGUUACGGCUAGCUUGUUCAUUUUGUUCAUCGAUGCCAAUUGCCCCUCCUUAUUCGCUAUCUAAGGGACCGGUCGUUAUUUAUCGCCUGGAGGGGGGCAGAGGAUGUUGGGAGGGGGAUCACUGAAAACUUUGGAAGGAUUCAGAGGGGGGACCACUCAAAUUUGCUUGGAAAAUGAAGACAUGGUGGGGGGAUCGCGAGAGUCAUCAAUUACUACUAGGGGGGAUCACUUCAGUGAAGUAACAUUCAAAGAGGGGGUCGGCUAAAUUUCACCUUGUUUAGCCCCAAAUCCUCCCCCGCCCCCUCAGGCGAUAAAUAAUGACCGGUCCCUAACCUAAGAAAUCACUUGUCAAUGACAAAUCACAGUUUCGUGCCCAACAGUACGUCUCCCAAACAUUAUAUCAGACGUUAAAACAACAAAAAUGAACUUGAAAAACUUCUAGGCUAACAAGUUUUCAUGACCACAAUUGCAAUCCGUUUCAAUCUUCUUUUUUCCAUCUGUGCCUCGUUUUGUAUUUGCUUUAUUAUUUAUAUCUUCUUUUCAUGUUUUGAGGGGUUAUUUUUAUGUUUCGCUCAGUUUGCUGGCGAUUAGCUGAAAUCAGUUCUUCGUGCCUUUACUCAUAUACAAAAUGCUCCUGUAGAGUCAUGAAGAACAAAUUUCACAAGGGAGCACUAUCCAUAAUAAUUUUUGGUCGGUUUUGCAGGCAUUUCAUUGAAACUUGAAAAGUUUGGCCCAGAAUUUUUAACUUUCAAUCUAUUUCGAUCCUUGCCAUGCGUUGCACGUAACAGAUGACAUGAAACAGUUUCCACGCCUAAAUAUAAUCUAAAAUAACAAAACUGAACGAUAAUUUUUUUAAAUUCAAUUGAUGCGAGAAAUGUUUUAGCUUUUUAAAAGAUAGAAAAUAGCGUGACAGAGCCCCUUUAAUUGUUUUCGUUUUUUUUCCUCAGUCAACUGCCUCGGACUCAGAGGCGACUUUUCGUGAAAGCCGACACGCCAGACAAGCUCGCCCAUCGGCAAAAGAUAGAUACCGUCCGCGAAAAACACCGCGUAAGACGUUAGACGAUGACGACAGCAGCGGCAUUAGCAGCAGCGACUAUGGUGACGUCAUAAGCGGUAAUGUGAGGAGAAGUGACGUCAAAAUCGGAAGUCGCCAGCCCAAGCCAGCUAUUCGGAGGUAUUCGGCUGGCGAUGAGACUUCCGAAGCUGUUCAAUACUCCCUGCAGCAGAUCAACUCGGAUCUUGCACGGAUUUUAAGGUUGCUUAGUACCCGACCUCAAGCCUUAGUAGCUGAACCAGCCAGGCACUCAUCAGGUGUCACGCAAGCGCCCUUUGUACCUGAGCCAGUCACACAACCAUUUGCUGAUUCAUUCAGAGGUUCGCGUGUCACUUCCGCUUAUCCAGAAUCGAGACAUGGCUUUCAUGCACAGGCUCCUUACCAGCCUGGUCCUGAACCUUUAUAUUUGAGAAGUGCUGGUGGUCCUGUGCUAUCCAGUCAUCGAGGACAAGCUCAUAAUUUGUAAGUUGUAGUUUCCGCUUUCUAUAAAUACAUUUUCUUUAAGGUACGGUCGCAAUUUUUGUGACAUUGCUACUCAGCCAAAACUACUUGGUCUAGCCAAUCGAAACGAGAUUUUUUUCUUCUUGAAAUGUAAACUCCACCGAACUUCAAAACCAAAAGCAAGAUGGUGUGCCAAAACUUUGGUAACGUGUAAGUUAAGUAUCUUUUUAUUUUUCGUUAACCUUCAAAGCAAAUCUUCGUGUUCUUAGGCUUACGUUAAAAUGUCGUCUUUUUCCGGUUAAAUUACAAUUUUGUAAGGUAUGGCUCAUUGUCGUUUGGUUUAUCUUUCUACAGUAGUCGGGUUGCCAGCGCUCCAUCUCAACUCCAGAAUCCCUACAGAGCCCAAGGAAGCGCCGAAACACAGCUAGAACGGAAGUGGAAAUCCUACUUUGGAGGUAAAGUGCGCAUGUCCGACCACCUUCUCGGCUAUAUUGAGCCGUCACUGUUCUUUGACAAGCGUCUUCAAUACAGUAAACACCUGCUAAUGAGAACCUACUUUUUUGAAGGCUAGCAAAAUAGGCUCUUGUAUUUUGGGGUAGUUAUUGCCAAUUUAGGCUAAGCAGGUUCUUAAUUAGGUACGUAAUUGUUAUAAAGGAGAUAAUAGACUGUUGAUAACCAGAAAAAUAAAUAAACUUUUUAUUUAUUCACAACUGUAUUAUUAUGACCCUAACGAAACUGAUUACCGAAUUUGUAUACAGUUUAGUACAGUAUGUUCUUGUACUUAAAUUUACAACUCAUAGUUACACACCUUUGUUAAAUUGUUUAUCAUAAUUUACCUGUAACCAACUCAUAAGAACCUGCUUGAUCUUGCUUGGCUAAACAGGUUCUUAUAUUUUUGGGUAUUAAGUGCAAAAUUUCUACCAGGAGGCUCGAUCUAAAUCCACAGGUUCUUAUUAGCGGGUGUUUACUGUACCGUCUUUCAGUUGUCUCAGAAGCAUAUGCUUCUGGUUGUCUUUAUAGCAUCAGUUCUUUCCAUGCCUUUUAAGUUGUUUGGUUGUUUGUUUUUUACAUUUAAAUCUAGGUCUGUUUGCUGCUGGUGCUACGUUGAGUUUUGAGAAGAUAUCUGACUCACCAGUUGAUGGUCUAAAAUCGCUAAAAUUCUUAUUUCUCUCUUUGCAGAUCAGUCACGUGAUUCGCCAGCCUCGCUAUCACUCGGACCGACGACCACGGCGACGACCGCAAGGUUUGAAAAUUUACCAACGUUCUGUGUUUAAUCUGACAUCAAAGUUAUUUUUGCUUUUGUUCUUAAGAAAUCAUCCUUUUAUUGGUCUUCAGGGACCCAGCAAGCAUCAAGGACUGGACCUCAGAGAGAGAAUUAAGUACUGCUGAACGACUGCAGUCUCAUGCGCAAUGGCUCCGAAAUUUCCGUCGGGACACGGGUCUCCAAGGUAACAACGCGAGCGGACUGGAGGAGAGAGUCUUGUCGUAUCCUUUUGUCAUUUUUUCGAUAUACAAGUAUUCGUAUAACUCUUUUACUUCUUGACUGAAUUUUGGAGAUGUUAAUGUAGCCCUAACUUCUGAGCUUAUCAAAGUAACAAGUCUUAAGUAGUACUUUCCGGUUAUACUGUUUAUUUUGUUGUACGAGAUGGUUCUAACUUUUGAGUCUGUGGAUGAAAUCCAAUGGUGUUACCAUUCAAAUGAAACCUCUUCAGCAGUACUUUCACAUGGUACUAUUUAUUUAGUAUGUAGUUCUACUGUAACUUUUGAGUCUGCGGAUGAAAUCCCACGGUGUUACCAUUCAAAUGAAACCUCUUCAGCAGGACUUUCACAUGGCACUAUUUAUUUAGUAUGUAGUUCUAACGUUUGAGUCGGUGGAUGAAAUCCUAUGGUGUGACCAUUCAAAUGAAACCUCUUCAGCAGUACUUUCACAUGGUACUAUUUAUUUAGUAUGUAGUUCUAACUUUUGAGACUGAGGAUGAAAUCCUAAAGUGUGACCAUUCAAAACCUUUUUGGUAGUACUUUUACAUGGUUCUUUUUUCCUUUCUAAAACGUAACAACGAGAUCCCUCUCGAGACACCAUUCAAAUAAAAAAACGUCCCGGUAAUUAACGGUCUUUCUGUGUUUGACAGAAAAGAGCGAGAGUAAGAACACAUGACUGGUACUAAAUGUUGUACUUAAUUCUGAAAGUUUUUAUGUCCCUAAUAAUCAUCCUGGUAAAUAUGUUUUUGUGGAUGCGAUUUGUCCUCAUUACUUAACUUUCUUUUGCUGCCUUCUUACCGCUGCUGGCACGUGUUAAGACAACUCAUAUCACAAGAAUAGAACAAACCAAAAGUAAAAUACAUGAGAGCCCUUCGUAUUUGUCUUAGUUUGGGCUUCAAUAGUCCUUCCACUAUUUGACCUUUGGUAUGCGUUUAUCCCGGUCCCUCCCCCCCCUCCUCAGUGUAAGUUAUAAUAUCUUAGAAUUUGUUGUUCGGGUGAUUGCAUCCUUAACCCCUUUCUAGCUUUCCCGCAAACCAACCACCAACGAGCAGCUUUCAAACAGAUCAAGGAAUGCCACGUAGUCGCACAUUAGGGUCCAGGCCACUUCGGCUGGCCCUUAGUGACAGUAAUCAGAUUCGAUGGGUUUAAUCUUUUUCAGUUCAUUAGCCCUUAUGUUAACACCAUAAAUUCCCACCUAAAAGUUGUACAGAAUACACUCACAUACAAGCAGUGAACAGCAAAGAACUUUGUCCGCAAACCUUGAGGCUUGGUGGUUGAAUUUACCACUCCAGAAACUUUUAGGGGAAUGGUUUUAAGCUUUCGGCGCAACGAUUUCUGGGAUCGUGUGGUUGGCAAGCGUUAGUUAUGAUCGGUUGAUGGUAGUCAAGGCAACCAUUAACCAAUCAUAAGUAACGAUCCCAGAAAUCAUUGCGCCAAAAGCUUGUACCCAUUCCCCGUAGAGAUUGUGGAGUGUUCUGACGUCAACAUGGAAACAAGAGGUCAGAAAAAGAGGAG